AUACACACACUAGAUUUCAUUAUAUUAUAUAUAUACAUUAUAGAAAAUCAAAUUGUGUAUAAAUUGCAUAUAGAUUGCUGAAUGAAUUAUACAUAUAUAUUUUUGAAUAAAUUCAACUACGUCAAAGUAGAGAAACUCAUAAUGAUAGAAUAGAAAUUACUAUUAUUAACGUUAAUAAAAAAUAUAUCAAGGUAUACGAAAGUAUUAUAGAAUAAACAAAGCAAAGGAGUUUGUGUGUGUACGAAAGCAAAAAAUGGCCAUUUUGGCGGGUGACGUAUUUUCACGCUGUACAUUGAUAAUUAUGACACAAAACGGAGUUAGAGAUAUAUUAUUAAGAAAAAAGAUUGGAAAAAUAUUUAAUAAAUAAUUCGUGCACGAGUAAUACACUAAAAACUGUACGAGCACAAUUACCGUUAUUCAUAAUGACGAUUAGUGUACGAACAAAGCGUGCGCUUUUAGCCGACGACGAACGGGGACACGUCGUGUAAAAUUUUCAACUACGUUAGGGUGGGGGGGCCAAUGCACCAUGGGAAGAAUUUGCGACAGACGCAUGCGCAGUUCAGUUUACAGUUGGAGCUUGGAAGAAAAUGGCGUCUGCUAAGUUUCUGGAGGAAGCUCUGAGUACGGACAUUGAUGAAUCUGCAGUGAACGCGAUAGUAGGCUCCCUCGAAACACAGCUGGUAACAUCAACGCCAACCGUUUCUGGCCAUCAAACGAGUUCUGCGACUGCUAGUCAACAGAAUCACCAGGUGAACAGCGGUAUUUCCAACGGGGGCACCAUUACUGCGGCGGUACAACCACAGAAACAUGGGGUUUCCAACGGUGGCGGUGCCACCCCUGUGAACAAUCUUUUGACUCAAGAAGUUACAAAAUCGAUCACUACGAGUACUUUACUCCCAGUAAAUGUGGUCACCUCGAACGCAGUUGCUCCAGGACAAGAACCUGUUAAGAUAAUAUAUCCUACGAUCGGACAAGUUAUUGCUACAACGGGAGUAGCAACGGCUAAUAACAAGCUUCCUUUUCCUACACAAACUGUUGGGCAACUAGCUAAUGGUACAUUAGGUAUAACCUCACAAGCAGUACUACAGACAACAUCCAACGCUGUCUCAAACGUUGGUACUAUCAGUCAAACCGGUAAUCAGGCAGUAGCCGGAGUAAAUAAGCAAACAGGUACUGCUUUAGUGAUAAAGACUAGUGUAGCACCCGGUGGCAUGGUUUCCGUCCCUAUGUCUGUUCCUGUUUCUGUGGCUAGCAGUGUCGUUAGUACGGCAUUGCAAGGCAAAGCUGGUGUAACACCGACUAUAGUACCCAGCAAUGUGCAAAUUCUCAAUGUUAACGCAAUGAGACCUGGAACACCAGUGGCAGCUCAGCAAGCAGGAAAGCAAGUUGCACCAAGAGUGGUUAUCGGUCAACACAUGGUUGGGACGAAACCUGGGGCUCCAGGGAUCACAUUACAAGCUCUACAUGGUCUUCAACCUGGAACUCAAGGCCAUUUAUUAUUAAAAACCGAAAAUGGUCAGUAUCAAUUAUUAAGAGUAGGACCAGCACCAACAGCGGGAACACCAUCAGGUACUGCUGUUACUCCCAAUAGUAUCACAGGAAAUGCAGUGGUUGCAGCUCCAUCUCCUGGCACUACCUAUCGCCUAGCCUCUGUGCCGGCUGUAAGUAGGCUGAACACUCAGUUCACUGGUCCACCACUCGCCACCUUAAGAAAAUCUGUUCAGACAGUGGCAGCUGCCAUUACUACAGCAAAUGCAACCCCUCCUACUCUUACUACCGCAGCUACUACAACAGCUACUCCAACUGCUACUACGGUUCAAACAGUUCAGACGCCGGCACAGCGUCAAACUACAGAUAAUACCAAAGAAAAGUGCCGUAAAUUUUUAGCGAAUUUAUUAGAAUUGUCUAGUCGUGAGCCUAAAGCAGUGGAACGAAAUGUUCGAACUUUGAUACAAGAAUUAAUUGACACUAAAGUUGAACCUGAAGAAUUUUGUGAUAGACUUGAAAGAUUAUUGAAUGCGUCUCCACAGCCAUGCCUAAUUGGCUUUCUCAAGAAAAGUCUACCACUUCUACGUCAAUCUCUCGUGAUGAAUGAAUUAAUCAUUGAAGGAAUAAAACCUCCUCCAGCCAAUGUUGUUUUUUGUAUUGCAUCUGUGACAUCAACGGUAACACAGCAAAAUCAAAUUAGACCAACAGCCGCCAUCGCUCCUACAAUCCCUGUUGCAUCUACACAAACUACACAAGUAAGAGUAAUGACACCAAUACCUACGGCCACAACAACAGUGCCGCGACCUGCCCAACCCGUACAACAAAGGCUGAUUCGCCCAGUGACGACUGUUGUACGCAGUCCAACUGCUUAUGCUGUAAAAUCAACAGUAGCUGUUACCAAUAUACGUCCUACUGCGCCUGUUGUUCAAAAGGCACCAACUACGACAACUGUUGUAAAAACAGUAACAACUGCUACACAAGCUAAAACAGUCAAUACACCCUCUAUUAUUAACAGGACCAUAGUGCCUUCUUUGGUGCCAAAACCCACUGCCAAAGAAAAAGAAAAGAAGACUUUUUCUUCGGCUGGGUAUACUGGUGAUGAUGACAUCAAUGAUGUAGCAGCUAUGGGUGGCGUUAAUCUUGCAGAAGAAUCUCAAAGAAUUCUUGGCUCAACAGAGUUUGUAGGGACACAGAUACGUUCAUGUAAAGACGAAAUAUUCUUACACAUGACCCCGUUACAGCAAAGAAUUAAGCAAAUAGUUUCUAAUUAUGGCUUAGAAGAACCUAAUCAGGAAGUUGCUGCAUUGAUUUCACAUGCUGCACAAGAAAGGUUAAAAAAUUUGGUUGAAAAAUUGGCAGUAAUUGCUGAACACAGGAUAGAUCUUAUAAAGGUGGAUCCAAGAUACGAAGUGACGCAAGACGUAAGAGCGCAGUUAAAAUUUCUGGAAGAUUUAGAUAGGGUCGAACGCAGGAGACAUGAAGAACAAGAAAGAGAAUUACUUUUGCGUGCUGCUAAAAGUCGUGCUAAGACGGAAGAUCCAGAACAAGCUAAACUUAAGGCAAAAGCCAAAGAGAUGCAACGCGCAGAAAUGGAAGAAUUAAGGCAAAGGGAAGCCAAUUUGACUGCUCUGCAGGCAAUUGGCCCUCGCAAAAAACCCAAACUCGAUGCAGGAGGACCUACUAAUAGUCCAGGAAGUAAUUCUAAUUUGAACACAUCGGUUACUGGAUUGAACAGACAAAUGCCAAUGAGACCACGUUUGAAGAGGGUAAACUUUCGUGACUUAUUGUUUCUUCUUGAACAAGAGAAAGAAACGUGUAGAAGCACAACGCUAUACAAGUCUUACUUGAAGUGAUGUUCUAUGAAGGGCAGGAACUCAAAUGAUCCGCCCGACAUAUGGCGUCCUAACUACACGGUCUUGUGUGAGCUGGUCUCAAUGGACCUGAAUGAACAGUGCGACAUUACACUGUAUGUUGUAUCGUACAGCGUUUCAUAGUUUUUCGUACGAUGAAAUCCGCUGCGGAUCAGCCUUGUGAUAUCGCAUACAUUCAAAAUAACGUUACUUCUACCAUGCUUCCCUACUGUAAAUGACUGAGAAAAAAUUUUUUAAAUGUAAUAUAAUAGAUCGUUCUUUAUUUUUCAACACGAGAUCACAUCAAUGAGAAAGAGCAAUGUGUAUGAGCACAUCUCUCGUCGUUAGUCUUGAAUAGCCUUUAUGGCACGGAGUAAAUGUGAUUAGCCAUAUAUGAAUAUUGUUAUAUGGUGUGUGUAUGUUAUCAUCGAGUGGUCACAUGAGAACGAAUGAAUGUGUGUACAUUGUCAUGCUAUAUAUAUACCUGCUGCAUUGUAAUACUUGACCUAUACUUUUGGACAUUGUAGCGCUAAUGUAAGAUAUACAUGCGUGCAGGUUUUGUUAAAAUAGUAAAUCGUAUUUUUGCAAAUGAUACAACAUAAUAUGACACAAGCACAUUGUCCAAAAUGUAUGGAAAAUUUGUACAAUAUCUUACACGUAAAUAUCAUAUAGAGAUAAUUUCAAUGUUGGUACAACAAAAUAUAGCUACGCUCCACAAUAAGAUGGAAUUGUUAUCAGUAUAUUAUGUUGUAAUCUACAUUUUCAGUGUUUAUAAAAAAAAAAAAAAAAAAAAAAAAAACUAGCUGUUACGUUUUUUAUUAAAGAAACAUUUACAAAAGUAAGAAUAAUGAUGAAUAUUCUUUCGAUCGAUGUUAAUUUAAUUAUUUAUGUUUCCUGUUUGGGAUUAGUGCAGGUUCUAUUUAAAAAAGAAAAGAAAAGAAAAAAAAGAGAGAGAGAGAGAGAGAGAGAGAGAGAAUUGUGCUUUGCAUCAUAAUCGAUUGAAAAAAUUCAGAGUGUGUACCUGAUUUGUAUGUAAACAAAAAGAGAAAAAACAAAUUUCAAUGGAUGUACACGGGUGCCUAUAUUAUUGUAGAUAAUAUCACAGUGCAGUUGACAGAAGAAGAAGAAGAGGAAGAGGAAGAAGAAGAAGAAGAAGAAGAAGAAGAAGAAGAAAAAGAAGAAGAAGAGAAAGAAGAAGAAAAAGAAGAAAAAAAAGUGUACAUUUCUCUGAAGGUGCUCAUGAAAGAGCUCACUGCACAGGCGCUUUGCAUUUCGUAGAUAUGCCCAAGUUAAUUUUAUUUUGCGCGAUUAUAGUACAAUUAUUAGUUGUAUACAUGAAUCCUCUGCGAAGGAAUUUAUUAGGUGCGUUUAUUAUUUUGGGUACACGUACUAAUAUGUAGUCAAUUGUCAAGAGCAAUAUGUUUUUGCGGUGAUAGUUUUUCUUUUUACAAAAUGAGUUUAUAACAAAGUUUUUCUUCAAUCUUAUAUGCAGAUGAUACUCAUGUAUAAUAUAUAUAUUAUAUAUAUAUGUUACAUAUAUAUUAUAUAUAUAUAUAUAUAUAUAUUAUAUAUAUGUUACAUAUAGAUGUUAUGUAUAUAUAUUAUGUGUAUGUUAUAUAUAUGUUUUAUAUAUAUAUAAUAUACAAAUAUGUAUAUAUAUAUAACAUCAGUCACAGUUACAUACGUAUUUCCAUUGAACGAGGAGAUACUGCAUUAAAUAAUAGAAUUCUUUUCCCAAAAUAUAAUUGAUAAGUUAUCCCAUUGAAAAAGACUGCCAUAAUUUGGUGAUGUCCUUAUCGAUUGAUAAGUAUAUGAUAUACAAUUUAUUUCUUAUUGAAAAUCUAUUUGUUGAAGAAAACAGGAUCAAAAAGUUUAUAAAAAUGAUAGGAUAUACCGAUGCAUAUAAGCAUCUCUAAAAUUCUAUAUAAAUAAUGUAAAAAGUUUUAAUGCAACCUUACGUAGUAUACCAUAUGGCUCAAAUGGAAAAAUUAUUGUCUCGACGGGCCAUAAAUACAGUAUUCUAUUCUUAUGUGAACAAUUAAUGCUAUGAUGUAGAGAAAAUCAUGGAAUAUUAUUUUUCACUUUGAUAGAGCUAUAUUACAAUGAUCUCUUUGAUUCCAAUUGAAUAUUUCAUUUGAUUCUCAUUUUAGAGAUUGAAAAAUUAUAUUAAAACAUGUUAAAAAAAUGUUAUGGCAUUUUUCAAACUAACUAAACUGUAAAAUAUACAAUUUAUACAAGAUAAAAUGAAGAAUGAUAUAUAAAAAGAUACAUUUGAUCUCAUAAAUUUGAAUUAUCUUUGACACUAACAUGCAUAUAUACACAUUAAUUAUUUCAUUGAUGUCUCUUUCUAUCUCUUUCUUUCUUUCUUUCUCUCUCGCUCUCUCUCUCUCUCACUCUCUCUCUCUCUCUCUCUGCAUUGCUGUUAUCAUUCAUUAUAAGUUGAGAAUAAUUAAAUAACUAUUUUGAUUUGAAUAUAUAAAAGGCCCGUCGAUGCAGAACAAACAAUAUAAAGUAUAUAUCGUGUAAAUACUUUAUUUUUCAGUAAUGAUAUAAUUUUUCCACAACACGCACAUACAUUGCCAUUCAUAUCAUACUUUUGUUGUGCACAUCGUUUGUAAGAAAUUCAUUCACUUAGAUUUGUGCUUUCUUUUUUGCAAUUAUUUAUGUCUUUUUCUUAUGGAUUUGAGAAAUGCAAUGAAUCCUUCAAAACUAGAUUAUAAAGAAUACUUACUGCCACUAAGUGGAAUAUUGAUAUAAAUAUAUAAAUAGACAAAUGUAUAAAAAGUAACGGUAUAGCAAUUUUGGUAUAGUAUGCUAUUUUUACAAAUUGUAUUGAAAAGCAGUAAUCGAGAAAAAAUAAAAUUUAAAACAAGUUUCACCAAAGAA